AUGACUACGCUACCAUACACCGACGUCGAUUGCAACCUUCGAGCUUUAGCCGGCCGUGCCGAGGGAUUCGGCCGAUUCUCGGUCGGUGGUCUCCACGGCGAUCUCUAUGUCGUCACUUCUCUUUCAGAUGAUGGACCUGGGAGUCUUCGAGAAGGAGGUAGGAGGAAAGAGCCGUUAUGGAUCGUUUUCGCGGUUUCUGGAACCAUUCAUCUCAAUUCGUACUUGAGUGUGUCGUCUUACAAGACGAUCGAUGGACGAGGCCAGCGAAUCAAGAUCACUGGGAAAGGAAUAAGAUUGAAGGAAUGUGAACAUAUUAUCAUUUGCAAUCUGGAGUUUCAAGGUGGUAGAGGUCACGACGUCGAUGGCAUUCAGAUAAAGCCAAAGUCCAGGCACAUUUGGAUCGAUCGGUGUAGCUUGCGCGAUUACGAUGACGGGCUUAUAGAUAUCACUAGACAAAGCACUGAUAUCACUGUUUCUAGAUGUUAUUUUGCAGAGCAUGAUAAGACGAUGCUGAUUGGAGCAGAUCCUUCUCAUGUUGAUGAUAGAUGCAUCCGAGUGACCAUUCACCAUUGUUUCUUUGAUGGAACGAGGCAGAGGCAGCCUCGUCUCAGAUAUGGAAGAGUUCAUUUAUACAACAAUUACACUAGAAACUGGGGAGUGUACGCUGUCUGUGCUAGCGUAGAAGCACAGGUGUUCUCUCAAUGCAAUAUAUAUGAAGCAGGAACGAAGAAGAAAACUUUUGAAUACUAUCCAGAGAAGGCUGCUGACAAGGAAGAAGUGAGAGCUGGGUUGGUACGAUCUGAAAAUGACUUGUUCUUGAACGGAGCUCAAGCUUCCUUGUUGACCGGCGAAGAAUGUGUGUUCCAUCCAAGCGAGCAUUACCCGACAUGGACAGUGGAGCCACCAUCAGAGACUCUCAAGCAAAUCCUCAAAAUUUGUACCGGUUGGCAAUCUUUAUCCCCUCCUUCAGAUCAUGGAGUUCCUAAGUAG